AUGGCGAACUUCAAGCUUUCUUCCAUCCAAGCCAAAAUGAAUGACAGACGCAGAGUCAAUGGCCCUGCAGAGGGCACCAGAUGCCCAGUAUUCUCUUGCCAUGUUGAUACAGCAAGCACCCCGACCCGGCCUCAGCGCCAGCCACUGGAGACAGGACUCACACGCUCAGCUUCUGGAUCCUCAUACAUUGAGGUCCAGCCUUCACCACCUCCCGCUUCCUACAAAUCUCUGAUCCCACAUUCCUCAUCUUUGAAGCUUGCCUGCUCAGUCCAUGGACCAAAACCUUUGCCCAGAUCUGCAGCUUUCUCUCCCAAUCUGGUCCUCACAACACACGUUAAGUAUGCAACUUUUGCUACACGCAAGAGAAGGGCUCAUGUCCGAGACGCAAGCGAGCGUGAUCUCGGCGUCCAUCUUGAGACAGCUUUGCGCGGCGCCAUUAUCGCAGACCGCUGGCCCAAGUCUGGUAUCGAUGUUACGGUGACUAUUCUAGAAGCUGAGGAUGAUCGCUGGUGGGCUGAUGCGCCAGACUCACAUGAUGCCUCGUGGGGAAUGAUGAAUGUUCUGGCCGGAUGUAUCACUGCUGCAUCUGCUGCUCUUGCAGAUGCUCAUAUUGAUUGUCUCGACUUGGUUACUGGUGGUAUGGCUGCGUUGGUAUCGGAUGAUGAGACCCCUGGGGCACCCCCGAAGCUAGUCCUGGAUGUUGAUCCUUCUGAGCAUCGCUCUAUUGUUGCUGCUUGUGUGGUGGGUUACAUGCCUUCACGCGAUGAGAUCACACAGCUUUGGUUGAAGGGAGAUAGUUCUCAGGCUGUACUUGAAGAUGGCGAUAAGAGGACUGCUCAUGAGGCAUUGAUAGAUGGUGCAGUAACUGCUGCAAAAUCUGUCCAUGCUGUUCUAGCAGAAGUUGUCAGAGAAUCUAUCUUGGCUGCUUCUCAGUAA